AAAGUGGCGGCUUCAGUCCAGCCAAAAGGACGUGCUUCCCCACUCGUUUGUUCCCAGGCCGGGCUUGCCUGUGUAUGGUUGGGGUGUUAACCCGCUGUUUGUGAAGGUGCCCGCGGUGGCUCUGACAGCCCUGGAGUUCCAGCUGCCUGUGCUCGGAAGUCCUUCCCCUCGGCCUUAGAAAAGUUAAAGGUCACAAGAAGAUAACUAGUGGAUGACUUUCAACCAGAAUGAGCUCAGUGCUUUCUGUGACCCAGGUGCCCUAUCGUGUGCAUUGGCCCUAUAAAUUUUCCUGCUAGUGCCACGAGGGAGAUAUUAAUUUCCCGUUUACGCUGAUAAGAUAACUGAGGCAAAGUGACGCAAGGAAGUAGAAUUGGAAAUUUCAUUGCACCCCUCGCGCUUCUCAAACUGCGAAUCAGAGACAGUUGAGCCAAGGAUACGAGCGACGCUUCACGUUAACCUUGGAUUAUCUAGAACGUCAGCUUGAUCAUUUCAGCAUCAGGCAAGUGGCUGGAUGGUAUUCGAAAAUGGUAUUACAAUGCUGCAGGAUUCAAUAAACUGGGGUUAAUGCGAGAUGAUACAAUAUACGAGGAUGAAGACGUAAAAGAAGCCAUAAGAAGGCUUCCUGAGAACCUUUAUAAUGACAGGAUGUUUCGAAUUAAGAGGGCACUGGACCUGAGCCUGAAGCAUCAGAUCUUGCCUAAAGAGCAGUGGACCAAAUAUGAAGAGGAAAAUUUCUACCUUGAACCGUAUCUGAAAGAGGUUAUUCGGGAAAGAAAAGAAAGAGAAGAAUGGGCAAAGAAGUAAUCAUGUAGUUGAAGUCUGUGAAUGCAGCUGUUAUGAAGAUGGUUAUACUUGAAACAAACAAUUUUAAGAAUUAUUUGGUCUGCAGAUGUUUUACUUUAAAUAAAUGUCUAUUGUAAUGGUUGGAGUUUUUGAAUUCCAAACCUUACACUGAAUAACUACUGAAUCCAUUUACUGUUAAAUUUUUUUCCAAACUUAUAAGAUAUUUUUAGUCGUGUUUAACUGCUACCUGGAACUCAGAGGCCACUUUAUCAGUUUUCCUCACUGGUUGGAUAGCCUAUAAGUUUAUGGAAGGAUAUAACUUCCGUAAGUUACACCCUUGUGGAAGCUACUGAAUAAAAGAAGGGGGAGUGCACCCCCUAGUUUGCCAGGAUUGAGAAAUAGCCUCUUCACUGCUAUCCAAAUAGAUUUGAUUUUGCAUCCUAUCAUUUAAAAAUAAAUUAUGUAUUCACCCCAACAUAGGCAUACUUAAGUAAUAUAUAUACUCCUGUGCUAACAUGUGUACUAGAAAACAAAAAGUAGACAUUAGAAAAAUGGAAGUAUAAAUACAAAUCA